GUAUAAAUAGCCGCUAUGAAUUAUUCUAGUCAUUUACUAAACAGAAUAUAAAAGUACUGGAAAUUAAAUUUUGAAUUUCAGAGAAACAAUUAAAACCACGUUUCAUUACACAUCCCCCUAAUACCAGAUUAUGUAUAGUUCGUAACAACAUCAGCAAAAAAAUAGACAACUGAGGAUUAUACAGUAUGACAAUGGCAACAGAAGAAAUUGUCAAUUAACUAAGUCAUUAUUCGAUGAAGUUUUUAUUAUUUCCAACUCCACAAGUACUUGCACUCUCGAUCUAAUGAUCUGUAUAUUGUCCUUGGCCAUUCUGUUGCCUCGUUAUCAAAGCAUUAAUUAUCUCUCUGUCUGUUGUAAACUCUGCCAUACACUUUUGGUAAUGACCCCCAGCUUUAAUCACCUGCCAAUUGUGAUAUGUAUUCGAGACCUAGACAUAUUUUUUUCUGAAUAAUGUUUUUUCUCUCCAGCUUGACAUAUAGGCCUACUUUAUUUCAAAAUAGGUUAAUUGAAGUUUCCCUGCAAAAGAAAAAUUCUUCAAGAGAAAAAAUCAUAUGAUAAAUAAUAUCGUGAGUGCACAUACUGAAGUCAAUUUCAUGAUGUUUGAAUAUGCCUCGCAAAUCCAUAUUUGGUAUUCAUUUAUAAAUAUUUUUUUAAUAUCGUUUUCGCAAAUAAACAAAUUGAGUGUCUUUUAAUAAUAAUUUAAGGUAACCUUUAUUAUGAGUCUAAUCAUAUAAUGACAUAAUAUUUGGAAAUAAGAAAAUAAUGAUUUAUUCAGAGUUAAAUAACACAAGGGUGUUGACUAUCUUCUUUAAAAUAAAACAUAAAACAAGUUUUAAGGAAAGAAAUCAAACAAAAAGAAUUCACAGCUUUUUUUUUGGAGGGGGAACAUUGUGAGACUUUGAUGCCUUUUACUACAUUUUUCAUCAAAUUACAGCUUGUAUUUUUUGCUAAUAGAUGACUAGAAAUUUAUCAUUUGUUUGUCUUUGCAGGCAAUGCUAGAUGUUAGUUUCGAUGCCGGAGGACGAGUAUCUGUUGGUUUAACUGCAACUACUAUCGUAUCUCAAUGGACCUGGGCCGCCACCCUUCUCCAGUCAUCAACUGUAGCGGCAAAUAAUGGUAUCAGUGGUCCUUUUUGGUAUGCAGCAGGGGCAACCGUCCCUCUGCUGAUGUUCGCAGCUCUCUCGGUACAGAUGAAGAUCAGGGCACCUGGUGCAAAGACAUUUCUACAGGUCAUCCAGGCCCGCUUUGGAAGUCGGACGCACUUGGUAUUCUGUGCCUUUGCCGUCAUGACCAAUAUCAUCGUCACCGCAAUGCUGAUGAUGGGAGGUUGUGCAGUUCUGACAUCACUUGUGGAUGGUCUAUCAUUGGAAAUGGCAGCCAUGUGUUUGACGGCGAUCAUCUGGGCUAGUACGGGUAUCGGUGGGCUUGGAGCCACAUUCUAUCUCUCUUAUUUCAACACCACCGUUAUAUUCAUCAUCAUGACCAUCUUUGUACUCAUAACGUAUAACAACGUCGGAAGUCAGAACACGAUACUUGGUACUGUUGAUACAAUGUAUAGUUACCUGAACUGUACAUUGGGUCCUGAACAGAACCAGGACCGGAGUUACCUGACCUUUCUUUCUCCCAGUGGGAUUAUGUUCGGUGUCAUCAACAUCGUUGGUAACUUUGGAACUGUGUUCGUAGAUCAGUCCUACUGGCAGAGUUCAGUAGCAGCCAAACCAAGAGAAGGCAUGUGGGGAUUCCUGAUUGGUGGUUUAGUCUGGUUUGCCAUUCCUUUCACCUUUGCAUCUACCAUGGGUCUUGCUUACCUGGCACUCAGCGCCAAUGCUGGUAUGCAUCUUCUUUCACCGGAACAGAUUGCUCAAGGCCUAGUUCCUCCAAAAAUUGCACAAGAAUUGAUGGGCCAGAGCGGGGAGGUUUUGAUGGUCCUUAUGAUUCUCAUGGCCGUGACGUCAACUGGGUCAGCGGAGGUCAUGGCUAUCACGUCUAUCUUAGUUUACGACUGCUAUCAGAUUCACUUGAAGCCUUUCAGACGUGUUGCCGAUAGCAAUGGCUGCGUCCUCUGUGGCAAAUCACGUGGUCGGAUGGCGUCGUUGAGAGACCAGUGCAACUGCCAGAGUAUGGUUGACUGUGAGUGGUGUCACGCUGAUGAUGAAGCAAGAAUGGAACAAACAAACCGUGCCCUUAAGCCUGCUUUCAAGUGCACUGUGCAUGGUACAUAUCGCACUUAUCUGGAGCUCCUCCAGAGCAAAAGAGAUUGGAGUCUCGUCUGGGUUUCUCUAUCCUUCAUACCUCUUACACUUAUCUUCAAUUUUUUACAGGUGAAUCUCAACGCUGUGUACAAUUUCAUGGGGAUCCUGAUAGGCUCAUCAGUAACUCCUAUUAUUCUGAGCAUGUUUUGGACGAGGCUGACUGGUAUGGCUAUGAUAAUGGGUGCCACCAUCGGCAUGGCGUGCGGAUUGAUCACGUGGAUCAUUGCCGGCUCCAUUCUGAAUGGAAAUUUAAACUUCACAGUCUUCUUCGAUAGUUCAUGGGAAAGCUUCGAUGAGAACAUGUUAAUUGGUAACUGCGGAUCCAUUCUGUCGGGAGCUCUAAUAACUUUGGUCGUCAGUUUCUUAACCAACCGUGGUGUAACAGAAGAAGAAAAACACGAGAUAUGGGAGAAAACAAGAGAUAUUGACAAUCCGCUUUCACCUUGGCCACAACUCUACGUCAAAGAAUUUGGGGUUCCAGAAGGAAAGCUAGUCUACAACCGUCCUUCGCUACUGCAGAUGCUUAGUGAGUUCCGACGAGCAAACCUCAUUGCAAUUGUAUCUGGAGUGAGCGCAACUAUCAUUCUCGCAGUCAUCUGGCCAGUCAUCAUGAGCUCCAUGGGAGUCCUCAGCAGGAACGAGUUCAGAUCCUGGAUAUAUCUUUCCGAGACUUGGGCAGUUAUCGCUGGUGUGUUUAUCAUCUUCGUCCCCAUUGUCACGGAGGUACGAGACAUUACAUUGCGUUUGAGAGAGAAUAAGGCCAGGAUGGCGGUUGGUCCUGUCGAAGAAACCACCCAACCAGCAGAAAGAACUGCUCAGCCUUUACAACAUCAACAUGAUGCUUACCAGGUACCGACUGUCAGUGGACAAACUUUAUAACGGUAUUAUGAACUCUCUUUUUUUAAGGAUUGCCUAUAUCUGUAUACGUAUAUUGACGCGGUCCCUUUUGACUCUCAGAGCUGCGAAGGGCGUAGAACAGCCUUUCGGUAAAAAAGAAACAUUGCACUUUUAAUCUCUUUUAUCCCCAGCAGGGGCGGCGCUACAGGGGGGGGGGGGACUAUCAGACAGUUUUCCAUUAGUGUCCUAAUAGACGAUAAACUUCUUUGGGGCAUGAUCAUGUAGAACACGUUAGUAAAAAAGUAUGUGCUGCUCUCGCCAUACUGAAAAGGGCUAAUCCAUUCAUUGAAGUUACCACGGCAAAAUUAAUUUAUAACUGUCAAAUCCAAAGUCAAAUUGACUAUUGUUGUGAAGUAUGGGGUUUAAGAUUUAUCACACAAACGAAUCAAAUAAUAAAACUUCAGAAACGUGCUGCCAGAAUAUUACUCAAAGCUAACGUCCUCACCCCGUCUGAUCAAUUAUUUAU